GGGACAGCUCGUGGCCAGCACAUGUAGAACUGCAGCCAUGUCUUUCCUACCUUAUGUCUUUAUUCCCAUUACCCUACUGGCUUGCUGGAGGCUCCUCAGCACCCGAUACAAUAGGCUGAGGCACAUACCUGGGCCAUGGCUGGCCAGCUGCAGCAACCUCUGGAAGCUUGCCACCAUCUCCCGAGGGGACAUGCACACGGAGUGUGUGGCUAAUCAUGACAGGUAUGGCCCGAUUGUUCGCAUCGGUCCCCAUCAUGUGUCUGUCGCUAGUCCUGAAUCGUUUUAUACCGUGCACGCAUCCACGAAAGCAUUUGCGAAGUCCGACAUCUACGAGGUCGGUGCACCGACCUACAGAGGCAAGCGCUUGGAAAACCUCUUCUCAAUCCGCGACGUCAACCAUCACGCAACUCUGCGGAAGAAUCUCGGUAGCUUGUACACCAAGGGCGCAGUAAGGAGCCUUGAGCCCCUGGUUGACAGCUGCGUCGACCUCUUCAUCCAUCGCCUCCGAGAUCUCUGCAAACACGGGCCUGCCACCGUCGACAUGUCGCUGUGGUUGCAUCUCUACGCCUAUGACAGUCUCGCUGAGGUGAAUGUGUCGCAAAAGCUUGGCUUCCUGCAGAAAGGGGAUGAUGUUGGUGGAAUGAUCGGUGCCGCAAACCGGAUAUUUUACAUGGUUGGACUGCUAACCCAGGCACCGUUUCUGCAUGCUCUGUUCAAAAUCCUCCGUACUGCCGUGCCGGCAGAGAAAGUCGAGCCUCUCAUUGAGUAUACCUUCAACAUCGUGGAACAGCGCCUGAGUUCACCUACCGCCGACGAUGACAUGCUCAACAAGAUGCUCAAGCUACACGAGGCACAACCCCAGAAGGUUACCAUUCAUGAACUCACGUCAGCCAUCUUCAUCAACCUAAUGGCAGGUCAUGAUGUCCUGGCUGUCACCCUCCGCGCCAUGUGGUACUUCCUCGCCCAAAACCCUCCAGUUUUGCAAAAGCUCCGCAACGAACUGCAGGCUGCAGCGGCCGAGAGGUCGACGAGUGUCCAGGGCCUUACUGCUCAAGAUCUCUCGUCGCUCCCUUACCUUGGCGCCGUGAUCCUCGAGACAUUCCGCAUGCAUCCCACUACCGGCACCAUCCUAGAACGACGAGUGCCUGCCGAGGGCGCGACGUUGGAAGGGCACUUCCUACCAGGCGGGACGACAGUGGGCGUGAACGCUUGGGUGUUGCAUCGCAACCGGCAAAUCUUCGGUCAAGACACGGAUAUAUAUCGCCCGGAACGGUGGCUGGAGGCGAGCGCCGAAAGGAAGACCGAGAUGAACAGAAAUCUUUUCACGUUCGGCGCUGGUCCUCGCACCUGUAUUGGUCAGAACAUCGCGAUGAUCCAGAUCUAUAAGGUGGUGGCGGGGUUCUUCGACAAGUUUGAUGUCAAACUGGCAAACCCCAACCGGCCCUGGAAGGUCACCGGCAGCUGGGUUACCAAGCAGAUCGACAUGGACAUGAUCGUCACGCCACGUGGCCUGUGAAGGACAUCUGAAGAUG